UUUUUAUGAAUGAAAAGGAAGCAGCUUGUUCAGAAACAGAGGGUUCAGGAGAGGGCAAAAAAAGCUCUGAAAUUCCAUUGCCGGGCAGCUCAGCUCCGGUGAAGUGUGAACUGCCGCUUCUUUAAUCUUUAUCACUACCACCGCCACAGCCAAAUGCGCGCCCAGGCUAUGAUAUGGGGCAGCCGUCGUCUUGGUCGGCGGCUUCCCGCUGCUAAUCGCGGCUGCAGGGAACCCUUGGUCUGCUUCGGGCCUCCAUUGCAGCACUACUUCAGUUCCUCUUCAUUAUCCACAGUAGACCAUUUUGUUCCGAGACAUUCUAACCUUACCACGUCUGGAGUAUUGAAUGGAUGUAGGGUUCCAAGGUCUUUCCUGCAAACCUCAUCUGCACAUUUCCCUUGUCAUUUGACUUGGAUGCAGAGGAGAAUCGACAAUUUCUCAAGUACCAGAGACAGGACGACCGGGCCAUCACUUCAGCUGAAGACAGAUAGUGAUGUAGUCAAGUUCUCUGUUGGUAAGUUAUCGAGAGAAGAUGGUUCAGGAAUGGGAAACAAGAAACCUAAGAAGGUUAAAAUGUCUAAACGAGCUAAGGUCAAUGAACUCAGAUUUUACCGUCUCAAGGCGAAAAAGAAGAUGAACUCCUCCAACCCAGAAGUGAGAAUCAGAUACAAGCUUGAAAAGGCCAAACGAAAAGAGGCAUGGUUGAUUGAGAAGCUGAUGAAAUUUGACCUUCCAAGGGGUCCUCCUGAAACCUAUGAUCCUGAAAUAUUGACAGAGGAAGAGAAGCAUUACCUCAAGCGCACAGGUGAGAAGAAGAAAAACUUUGUUAUAGUUGGGAGGCGAGGUGUCUUUGGAGGUGUUGUUCUUAAUAUGCAUCUUCACUGGAAGAAGCACGAGACCGUGAAGGUUAUUUGCAAACCUUGCCGCCCAGGGCAAAUUCAUGAUUUUGCGGAUGAGCUUUCUCGAUUGAGCAAAGGAAUUGUAAUCGAUAUAAAGCCAAACAAUUCCAUUGUAUUCUAUAGGGGGAAGAAUUAUGUGCAGCCAGAAGUUAUGUCCCCUCCUGAGACACUAUCAAAAGCAAAGGCUUUGGAGAAAUAUAGGCUCCAACAGUCACUGGAGCACACGAGUCACUUUAUCGAGAAGCUGGAGAAAGAGCUUGAAGAAUAUCUAGAGCAUGCAUUACGUUACAAGAAACUGAAGGAUGAAGCGCAGUGCUGCAGCAUGCCAAAUACAGAUGGUGACCAAAAUUGCAGAGGCCUAUAGUGAAAUGAAUGAUUCAAUUAGGAUGAAACGCGCCCUAGAUACCAGGCCAGUGAAAGAGUCGUUAGCAAAAUGAGAACACCUAGAAAGUGGUAUUCUGCAGCAGGGUUGGCACAAACGAUUGAGAGGAGACCAUGAAAGAUGCCGCGACAUCAAUGAUGUUAUUGGAUGUAAAGAAGUGAUGGUGGAGUUCUUUGGAAGAGCAAGCUUUUCUAUGGCUUCACUAUGUUGGCUACAAUUCUAGAGCUUCAUCGGUGUAUGGCUGGUUGCAGUGGCCCAUGCAACUAGCUCGCGGUGUAUAACAUCUGAGCUCUGAAGUGGAAUCAUCUCCCUUGACAAGUACUUCAACGUACAUGAACUAUGAGCUGAACUGUCCUCCUGGCCGAGAGAGAGAGCCACCACACUCUGCAUGACUGGGGAAGAAGAAGCAAGAGAAUGGAGAAGAAGAUCUAGUAGAGCUGCUUCUGGGUUCUCUCUCUCUCUCUCACUCCGUCUCUUUUGAUUUGGUAUCUGGGAAUUGUUUCUCUUUUCUCCAGGGGAGGGAAAAGGUGAGGAAUUGAAGGGUGAGAGGUUUCUUCUUCUUGAUUGAUCCUCCUUCAUUCUGGCCGCCGUAGUCUAAACUGGCCAGCUGCUGCCUGCUACUGCUGCUGUUAUUGGAACUGGAUAAAUAUCUAUAUCGUUGAAAGAUUCAAACUUUGGGGCUUUCCCCCAAAUGGAUUGAAACAAAGCCAGCAGCCCAAUCUGGCCGCAAUGUUCAAAUCAUUAUCUCCUGGGCUGCUGCUGCUGAUAACUUUCUUGCUCUUCUUCUCCGCAUCCUCCGUCGCCGGAGACAGCGACAACGGCUACCCGAGAUGCAACUGCGACGACGAGGGCAGUUUCUGGGGCAUAGAAAGCAUCCUCGAAUGCCAGAGGGUCGGUGAUUUCUUGAUCGCCGUCGCCUAUUUUUCAAUCCCAAUCGAGCUGCUCUACUUCAUCAGCUGCUCUAACGUCCCGUUCAAAUGGGUCCUCGUCGAAUUCAUCGCCUUCAUCGUUCUCUGCGGGAUGACCCACUUGCUCAAUGGCUGGACUUACGGGCCCCACACUUUCCAGCUCAUGGUUGCAGUCACUGUCUUCAAGAUCUUAACCGCCCUGGUCUCCUGCGCCACUGCCAUCACCCUCUUCAGCUUGAUCCCUUUGCUGUUGAAGGUCAAGGUUAGGGAAUUCAUGCUGAAGAAGAAGACUUGGGAUCUGGGUAGAGAAGUCGGGAUGAUUAUGAAGCAGAGAGAGGCUGGUCUCCAUGUCCGGAUGCUUACGCAGGAGAUUCGCAAAUCGCUGGAUCGGCACACCAUUCUGUACACUACCCUUGUCGAGCUUUCGAAUACCCUAGGGUUGCAGAACUGCGCAGUUUGGAUGCCUAACGAGAUGAGGACCGAGAUGCAUCUCACGCACGAGUUGAAUGGGGGCGAUUAUGGCAACAUGGAGAGUUGUACGAUACGGACAUCUGAUCCUGAUGUGGCAAGGAUUAAGGGCAGUGAUAGUGUGAACAUACUCGACCCCGACUCGCCUUUAGCUGCUGCAAGCUUAGGCACAGAGUCUGGCGAGCACAUCGGUCCGGUGGCUGCGAUUCGGAUGCCGAUUCUUCGAGUUUGCAACUUCAAGGGUGGAACUCCUGAGAUGAUCCAAGCGUGCUAUGCGAUAUUGGUGUUGGUUCUUCCUGGUGGUGCUCAGCCGAGGUCUUGGAGCAAUCAAGAGCUCGAGAUAAUUAAAGUAGUUGCCGAUCAGGUAGCUGUUGCUUUAUCCCAUGCUGCCGUCCUCGAAGAAUCUCAGCUCAUGAGGGAGAAAUUGGAGGAGCAGAAUCGAGCGUUGCAGCAGGCAAAGAUGAACACUUUAAUGGCUAGCCAAGCCAGGAAUGCUUUUCAAAAGGUUAUGAGCGAUGGAAUGAAGAGACCUAUGCAUUCGAUUCUAGGAUUGGUGUCCAUGAUGCAAGAUGGAAGUUUGAAAAAUAGCGAGCAACAGAUUAUAGUAGAUACAAUGAUGAAAGCUAGCAAUGUGUUGUCGAUACUGAUAGACGAUGUGAUGGAAAUUUCGACCAAGGAUAGCGGGAGGUUUCCAAUGGACACGCGGUCUUUCAGGCUGCACUCGAUGAUCACGGAAGCAGCUUGCCUUGCCAAGUGCCUAUGUGUGUAUAAGGGGUUUGGCUUUUCAAUGGAAGUUGACAGGUCAUUGCCCGAUCAUGUGAUGGGAGAUGAGAGGAGGAUCUUUCAGGUGAUACUUCAUAUGGUUGGGAAUCUUCUCGACGGGAAUAGUAGAGGGGGGUCUGUACUGCUUCGGGUUGUUGCCGAUAAUGGGAGUCAGGAGAGGAAUGAUCAGAGAUGGGCUGUGUGGAGACACAGCCCUUCUGAGGGUGAUGUAUCUAUCAGAUUCGAGAUUGGAAUAACUUCUGGUGAUUCUGAAUCCAAGGCCUCCACUUCAGCUAUGCAGCUCGGGGGUCGAAGGUAUACCAGUGAUGGAUUUGAGCAUGGCUUGAGCUUCACUGUUUGCAAGAAGCUGGUCCAGAUGAUGCAAGGGAACAUCUGGGUAGUCCCGAAUAACCAAGGAUUCGUCCAGAACAUGGGGCUGAUUCUACGGUUCCAGCUCCGGCAAUCGAUCAGCCUGACCAUCUCCGAACCAGGGGAAUCGACAUCUUCGGAGCACCACCCGAAUUCCAACUCUUUCCUCCGAGGCCUGCAAGUGGCCCUGGUCGAGUCGGACGACCUGAACCGGAGCGUCACCCGGAGGCUGCUCGAGAAGCUCGGGUGCUCGGUCACCCCUCUCUCCUCGGGGUACGAGUGCCUCAGCGCCAUCGGGCCAGCCACGUCUUCGUUCCAGGUCGUGCUCCUCGACCUGCAGCUCCCCGACCUGGACGGGUUUGAAGUUGCGGCCAGGAUCAGGAAGUUCAGGAGCCGGAGCUGGCCGCUGAUCCUCGCGAUGACAUCGUCCAGCGCGGCCGAAGAGGAUGACCUAUGGGAGAAGUGCAUGCAGAUGGGGCUGAAUGGCGUGAUCAGGAAGCCGAUUCUGCUUCAAGGAAUCGCCAACGAGCUGAGGAGAGUGGUUUUGCAGGCAAACAGAGUGGUGUAGCAGCAGCAACAGCAGCUCAGUUUAAUCUCCCCUCUAGCAUAGAGAAUUAAUGUCUAGAUAUAUACACAGCAUAACAUUUUACAGGAACAAACAAUCAAUAUGAUUAUACAGAAAUUUAGCUACUUCGAUCAUUAAUUAGUGCUGUGGCAUGAAGAGAACAAGAAUUUUGUCC